UAAGAUUGGAUGCUACAUUACGUUGAAGUGAAAACUAGCGCAAAAACAACACGUGCGUUACAUUGUCUCGAGGAUGAAGCUAACUUUCACAACUUUCGAUGUAAUGGUGUCUGUUUCGGAAAUAAGAAAUCGAAUCCUCGGUCAUAGAAUAAUCAAUGUAUAUGACGUGGAUAAUAAAACUUAUCUCCUGAAACUUAAUGGCACCCAGUCUGAGGAUAAGGCUAUAUUACUAUUAGAAUCUGGCUCUCGUAUCCAUAUAACGGAUUUUGAAUGGCCAAAAAACAUGAUGCCCUCCGGGUUUUCUAUGAAACUCCGGAAGCACAUAAGGAACAAGAAAAUUGUUGACAUAACUCAGGUUGGAGCGGACCGAAUUGUCGAUAUUCAGAUUGGUUUCGAGUCAUCUGCCUAUCAUUUAAUUGUGGAGCUGUAUGAUAAAGGAAAUAUGCUUCUUGCAGAUGAUUCCUAUACAAUCCUCCACUUACUUCGUCCACGAACUGAUAAAAGUCAGAAUAUUAGAUUCGCAGCUCAUGAAAAAUAUCUCACGGAUUCUUGUCGAAAAGUGUUAGACUGUUUUAAGGAUUUAAAUGAAGAGAAAUCUUUAAGUGAUAUCGAAAGCUUCCUCACUCCAUUAUUUCAAUCAUCUAAAGGACCAUGGACAUCUGAUGCACAAGCGUGUGAAAAUCCUCCCAUUAACAAAACACUCUCCUUGGAGCUGCCUUAUGGGAAUAUCGUUAUAGAACACUGUAUGCGUGUAGCACAAAAGGAAGUUAAACGCAUGAAAUGCAGUGAAGAUAAUUCCCAAUCAAAAUUUAUUGGAAUGGAUUUGAUGGGGCAGUACGUUAAGUUUUUUGCUACGGCUUUGAGAGAUAUUUUACUGAAAGCCUAUUCAGUCAAUCAAGCUACUCCAUGUGGUUAUAUAUUUGGGAAACCGGAUCCAUCUGCAGAAGGCUUACGAAGCUAUGAAGAAUUCCAACCAUUCAUUUUUGAACAGUAUGCAGGUAGACCUCACGUAAUGUUCGAUAGUUUCAAUAAGGCAGUGGAUACUUACUUUUCGAAACUGGAAAGUCAGAGAACAUCAGAACAAAUCUUACGAAAUGAGCAAAAAGCCAACAAAAAAGUAGAAAAUAUUAAAAAGGAUCAAGAACGUCGUUUGAUGGCAUUAAAAACUGAACAAGAAGCAAACAUGCAUUGCGCCUAUCUACUAGAAGCUAAUCACCAGCUGGUGGACAACAUAAUUCUCAUGCUCAAUCAUGCAUUAUACAAUCAAUUAGACUGGACAGAAUUGGAAUCAAUAGUUGAAGAGGCAAAACAACGUGGUGAUCCGUUGGCAUGGCGUAUUGUCGAAUUGAAACUAUUAUCAAAUCAAGCUGUUAUACUUUUAAAAGAUCCAUUUGAAGUGUCUAGUGAUGGUGAAAACACUGGCGAUUCAAGUAAAACGGAUUACACACAAGUAACUAUAGAUCUCGAUUUGAAUGCUCUUAAUAAUGCUCGAAAAUAUUAUAAUAAAAAGCGGGUUGCCAGUAAAAAAGAAGAAAAAACUAUCAAUGCUUCACGCAAAGUUUUAAAGUCAGCCACACAUAAAGCUGAAAUAACUAGAAAGACUGCCAAAACCGUUGCACAAAUUACAGAAGUUCGUAAACCUAUGUGGUUUGAAAAAUUCUUUUGGUUCAUCAGUUCAGAAAAUUAUUUAAUUGUUGCUGGUCGUGAUUCACAACAAAAUGAGGUAUUGGUGAAACGUUAUUUAAAAUCUGGUGAUAUAUUUGUUCAUGCAGAUAUACAUGGUGCUAGUACUGUCAUAGUGAAAGCUCGACAUCUUACCUCUGAAGAAAUAAGUUCUUCAAGAUAUCAAGAUAAUACAAUGGAUAAAACUAACAGUUUACCACUACCUCCACCAAAAACUUUAUUGGAAGCCGGUAAUAUGGCUGUAGCACUGAGUUCUGCAUGGACAAGUCAUAUUCUGACAAGAGCUUGGUGGGUUCAUCAUCAUCAAGUGUCGAAGACAGCUCCCAGUGGUGAAUACUUGACAACUGGUGCAUUCAUGAUACGUGGCAAGAAAAACUAUUUACCACCAUGUCCUUUUGAUUAUGGAUUCGGUAUAAUGUUCAAGUUACAUGAAGAUUCUAUAGCUAAGCAUAAGGGGGAGCGUCGUAUUAUCGUUUUGGAUACACCAUCUUCAGAACAACUGGAAGAUAAAAUGGAGAGAUUAACUUUUCAUAAUGAUGAAGAAAAUUCAGAAUUCCCAAAUACUAUUCUUCAGUUAGAUUUAGCAAAUGAUCUUUCCAAACCUUUAAAUUCCCCCAGUCCAAAGGAUGCUGAUGAAUCUGAAAUCCUACCAGAAGUCCUGCCGAAAAAGGUGAAAAUAAACAGCCAAAAGGUAGAUAAAUCAAAGUCAAGCAAGAAAACUAACAAAGCAGCCAAUGUAGAUAAGGAAGUUGUAAAAGAAAAUGAGAAAUCCCAUGAAACUCAAGUACCAUCGAAGCAACAACCUUUAAAACGUGGUCUGAAAUCUAAACUUAAAAAAAUCAAACAAAAAUAUAGUGAACAAGAUGAGGAUGAGAGAUUACUUCGUAUGAAGAUUCUUCAAGGGGGUGAAGCUAAGCCAAGUCAAUACCAUCAAAUCCUUGAACGUGAUAAUCUUUCAAGUCAAAAUAAAGAAGAGGAAUCCACUCCCGAUAACGAAACAAUAUGUAGUCCGGAUAGUGAUAAUGAUGAUGAUGAUGAAAAAAAGGACGAGUUGUGUGUUGAUGACGAAGCUGAACCACUAAAUUCCCCAACAAAUCCAGAUGAUAAUCAUUCUGUUAAAUCUAGUGAAAAAAGUUUACAAGACUUGGAAGUUGAGGAUGCAAUCGAUAAUGAGGAAUUCUCAGAUGAAACUAAAGAAGAUGAUUUAAUCCAAAUGUUGAAUUCACUGACUGGUCAACCAUAUGAAGAUGAUUUACUGUUAUAUGCUAUUCCAGUUUGUGGUCCUUAUUCAGCCAUGUUGAAGUAUAAAUACAGAGUGAAAUUGAACCCAGGAAUUACAAAAAGAGGAAAAGCUUCUAAAAUGGCGAUGUUUCAAUUCACGUCGGAUAAGUCUGCAACAAACAGAGAACGAGAACUGAUGCGUGCAAUGAAAGAUGAGGAAGUUCCAAGAAAUUUCCCUGGUUGUGUGAAAAUUUCGCUACCUCAAGGGAAGACUUUAAAGAAAAAGUAGAACAUAUUUUUGAUAAAUUCUUUUUGACAUUGAUUGUAAUUUCCACACCUGUUUCCAGCACACUUUUCUUUUUUCUAUUGAAAAUAAUUUUAUUUAUGAUAUUCCUCCCUUUGCCACUGUUUUAAUGGUUUUUUGAACCAUCUCACUUUGAAAGUCUUUUCAAUAUAUUACUUGAUUUUUGUUAUUAACAUUAAGUGUAACAGCGUAACAUUUACGAGUAAGCAGAUUUUUAGAUGAACGGAAUAGUAAAAAUACGUACUGAGACAACACAACUCACUGCCUGUGUAAUUCGUACCCCACCACUAUGUUGUAGGAGAUCUAAGUCUAAUCCCAC